GGAGGGGCGAGGUGCGUGAAUAGGGCGGAGCCGGAGCGGGGGCCACCCCGCCAGCUGCCACUCUGACCGCGUCCCCUUUAAGGCCAGCCGGCCGGACACCGGCGGGAACGAGGCGGGACGCAGAGCAGCUCGCCGCAAUGCCUCCUGGGAGAUGGAGUUCGCUCUCGACGCACCGAGCUGCGAGAAGCCCAGAGAGAACUACCAGUCCCGGAGGGUAGCGCGCGGACCCCGGACCGCCACGCCCCUGGGCUGGGCUCCGACCCUCCACCCUCCUUGCAAAGCUACGCUGGCCGCUCGCGGAGGGAGAGGCUGCAGAGCGAGGGCAGGAGGACUACUUCCAGCAACCCAGUCUCCUGCCAUGUCCGACCCCAUCACGCUGAACGUCGGGGGGAAGCUCUAUACAACCUCACUGGCGACCCUGACCAGCUUCCCUGACUCCAUGCUAGGAGCCAUGUUCAGCGGGAAGAUGCCCACCAAGAGGGACAGCCAGGGCAACUGCUUCAUUGACCGUGACGGCAAAGUGUUCCGCUAUAUCCUCAACUUCCUGCGGACCUCCCACCUUGACCUGCCCGAGGACUUCCAGGAGAUGGGGCUGCUCCGCAGGGAGGCCGACUUCUACCAGGUGCAGCCCCUGAUUGAGGCCCUGCAGGAGAAGGAAGUGGAGCUCUCCAAGGCCGAGAAGAAUGCCAUGCUCAACAUCACACUGAACCAGCAUGUGCAGACGGUCCACUUCACUGUGCGCGAGGCGCCCCAGAUCUACAGCCUCUCCUCCUCCAGCAUGGAGGUCUUCAACGCCAACAUCUUCAGCACCUCCUGCCUCUUCCUCAAGCUCCUUGGCUCUAAGCUCUUCUACUGCUCCAACGGCAAUCUCUCCUCCAUCACCAGCCACUUGCAGGACCCCAACCACCUGACUCUGGACUGGGUGGCCAAUGUGGAGGGCCUGCCAGAGGAGGAGUACACCAAGCAGAACCUCAAGAGGCUCUGGGUGGUGCCCGCCAACAAGCAGAUCAACAGCUUCCAGGUCUUCGUGGAAGAGGUACUGAAAAUCGCUCUGAGCGAUGGCUUCUGCAUCGAUUCUUCUCACCCACAUGCUCUGGAUUUUAUGAACAAUAAGAUUAUUCGAUUAAUACGGUACAGGUAAAAGGACCCCAACAACAUUGGAGACGGGGAGUCCCAAGAAGCUCAUGUCAGCCAGGUCUUGGAGGGCAUCUCGCCAGUGGUGCGAGGCAGGGGAUUAUACUAAUCUGUAUUAAUUGUGUAGCAGGACUUGAUUCCCCCCAUGAUGAAGUCCACCUUUUGGAAUCCAGUGUCCUCUGAACAGAACCACCUUUUUUCUUGCCAUUUUGAGCUGCAGACAGGCAGUUUAUUAUGACAAGUGAAGAGUCAGCUGAUGUGUACUAAAGGAGGCCAUAGGAUUUUCCAGCCAGGACAAAGGAGCGGCAGUUUUCUCCUGGGCUCCAUCUCUCUGUACCACUAGCCAGUGCCACAUUUAUCCAUCUGUAAGAAGGCCCUGGUGGAGAGGAUGGGAUGAGAACAAGAGGCUACCUCCAGUUAACCAGGACAUAAAGUCCCCAGUGGUUCCUGUCACACCUGCUUCUCCCUCCCCAGGGUGCAUCCAUGAUUGUGGAUGUUUGCUCAGGGGUGACCAUGUUUGGCUGGCUUGGAAUGCUGUGCAUUCUCAGAGCCCUGUUAGUGUCCCCUCUUGGGGGACAGAGAUGAGGUGUGGCAGGGUCUAGAGGAAUGAGUGUCCAGGCAGGGUUCAGAAGGUAGGAAUGUCCCUCUUGAUGGGGCUGAAUCAAGGGAUUCCUGGCUUCAGAAAGGGUCUGCUAUCUUUGCAAAGAUGUGCAAGUAUCUGCAGCCAGUGUGAUGAAAUCACUUCCAAAUCCAGCCUGUUGCCUGACUUUUGUCAUUGUUGUCCCACAAAUUUGAGGUAUCAUUGAAACAGGUCAUUUUAAACAAAUAUAUUAUGGAUUCUCGGGGUUGGAAAUAAUGCAAUGAUUGCUUAGUCCUCCCCCACCCCUAGAACACCCCAGCACAUCUGAAGAUACGCACCUCUCCCUGGGUACCUGCAAGUGAUCACCUUGGCCUGCUUGCAUGCCUUAGCUGAUAGGAAGCGUGCCAUCCCCAAGGCAGCUCCCGCUGUGGUUGGACGGUACUGGCAGACAAUUCUUCCCUAUAUUGAGCCAAAAUCUGUCCUGCCACUUGCUGGAUCUUGGUUGCAGACCUUCCCAUUCACCCAGUUAUAUAUCUUUGCUUUCAAAAUAGUCACCUUGAGAGACCAGACAUUUUUCUGAAAACAUCGUUACUCAGAAUUCAGAUUCCCCUUUGGGAUCUGUCUUCAGAAUCAAAGUUAGCUCUUUUCUAUCCCCUGUCAGUCAGUCCCCUUUUGUUAUAGCUUUACCUCGUUUGUGACCCCGACUUCACCCACCUUCCCCACCAUCUGUGGCUCCAUAUUGCCUUUCGACCAUUUUCUGUUGGAAGAGGAAGAUUCACGGCCCCUGAGGAGAUCCAGAGGAAAGAGACGGUCUCCGAGGGUGCUGUGCAGCAAGGAGCCCAGGAGCGGUAUGAACUGUAACAGUGCCCUUAAGAGUAAAUGUGCGGCCCCUAAGACCUUGCCCUCAGGAAGGCGGCCUUCCCCUGCAGUCCUGUGUCCUACACCUGGGUCUCUGUGGGGUGCCAUCCAGGGCAAGCAACCCAAGCACUGCUUCCCACCGGGUGAUGAGCCGUGCAGGCUUCCAAACUGCACGUCAUGAUUCAUCCCUAAAUUGACUUUGGCCUUGAGAGUCCCAGGGUCCUCCCCACUGGGCAGAGGUCCUCAAAGCCAAGGAAGCCUGGUGACACAGGCACCCAUGGGAAGGGGGCCCAGAAAGGGGCUUCCCAUAGAUAGGCCCUGUGAGUAGGGAGCUUGUACACUGGGCCAUGGGCAGAGCCAGCUCCCUUGAGCAGUAAAGGCCCUUUUCCCCCUACAGUGGGACCCAGUAGUCUCUCUGACAGCUUUUCUGCCAGGCGCAGUGGCUCAUGCCUGUAAUCCCAACACUCUGGGAGGCCGAGGCAGGAAGAUCACCUGAGGUCAGGAGUUCAAGACCAGCCUGGCCAACAUGGUGAAACAUCAUCUCUGCUAAAAAUACAAAAAUUAGCUGGGUGUGGUGACAGGCGCCUAUAACCCCAGCUAUUUGGGAGGCUGAGGCAGUAGAAUCGCUUGAACCCAGAUAGCAGAGGUUGCAGUGAGCUGAGAGUGUGCCAUUGCAGAGUAAGACUCCAUCCCAAAAAAAGACAGCUGUCCCAGGCCAAGAGUACUUGGGAGAGCCCCUCAUGGAGAACCUAGUUUAGACCAAGUAGCAGAACCUGUGGUCACAACAAAAUUUGAGGAAGAAAUCUUACAAAUCACCACUGCCCUUUUUCGUUUUCCAUAAAACUGUCCAUCUUUUCGGUGCUCCCUAAUCCAAGCAGCUUGACUUUAGAGAAGUUGCAGAAGCAGUGAAGCCACUAACAUGCUGUGUGACUUUAUGCAAGUCACUCACCUCACUGAGCCACCUCCAUUUCUUCAUCUGUGAAAUGGGCAUAACAGUAAUACAUAACCCUACCUACCUCACAGGGCUGUUGUGAGGAUCAAAUGAAAUAAUGUACGUGAGAAUACAGUAUAAAGGAUUGU